UUAAGGACAAAAAAUAUAAUUUAUCUUGUUAGGAAGGACUUGUUUAGUUGUAUUACAUUAUUAUUCUCUCUGCUUAUAUAUUAUUUUGCAGCUAGCUGGAAUUCUACUAGACACACAGAAUCUAAAGGCUUCUGCAUCCGUAUCAAUGACAAGAGAUGCAGAAGCAGUUCAAUUGCUAUUGGUUCGCUCAGCCCCAAACUACAGAUAUGCUCUAUUUGAUCAAUUGCUACAAGACCAAAAAUCUACUUCUUUUGUGGAAGCUUUGAACUUUAACUAUGGGAAACCUUAUGAUCAAAGUGACAAGAACAGCGAAGGAAACACGGAGCAUAAAUUUCGAGAAAGAAAAUCAAGCUCUAAGUCUAUAUCUGACAGAGAAACCAUGUUGUCAAGUACAAAAACGAAUUCCAGCGACACAAAAAGCGUCAAAAGUAACAUGGUUUCACCAAGAACAGCCAAACUUAUUACGCCACCUUCACGAUCUCCUGCUCCACACCAGCGCCCAGCGCCAGCACGUGUUGAAAAGGAAUCCAAUUUUCGCGGGAAAAACACCUCCUUCUUGGCAAGGUGGUUUGGUUUUGGAAAAUAA